UCUGCUCAUGACACACAGACACACACACACAUGCACACACAUGCAUACAUUUACACACGCUCACACUUCCACGUUUUUUACCUCAAACCGACCAGCCGAGGUCAAAGGCACUGGUCACUUCAGAAUUCAAACUCUUUCUCCUCUUUCUCCCAGAAGGACCCCUACCUGACCGAAGCCAUGUAUAUGAGAUUACUCCUUCUCGCUGUGUCCCUCUUCACAAUUACAGCGUUACCUCUUCAACAGGACCACAGAGAAGCAUCAUGGAGUUUCCUUCCUCAAGACGCCAACCAGGCCAGAGAGAAAACAGAGCUCAAUAAAGACCAGCCUGGGAUGUGGAAGAGUCACGUGGAGAACUCAGACCUGUACUCACGGGACUCGCUGGUGGGCGAGAAGCCGGCACUGAUAUCGGAGCGUCUGCGUGCCCGCCUGCGGCAACAGCUGGCAGAGCUGCGGGCGCGACUCUGGCCCCAGUCCGUCGCCACCCCGGCGGCCGUGGCGCGCAUCCGGGAGCUUCUGGGACCCCUGACCGAGCAGCUGCAGGGGGCACUGAGCGCCAACGUGCACGACCUCUGUGUGGAGCUCAGGCAGCACCUCAAGGAGCUCCAGCCCGCAGUACCGGCCUCCGGUCACCAGGGGGCGCUAGACUACCAGGCCCUGCUGCCCCAGAUCAGCCGCAGCCUGGAGCUCAGCGCGCGCCGGGUCACCUCCAGCGUCCUGCAGUUCCGCGCCCGGAGUACGGUGGCGGCGGACGGAAUGGCGGACGUGGACGAGCGGGAGCUGCUCCUGGAGGUGGCGUCGCGGCUGGCCAACGAAGCGUCCACCCUGGAGACGCAGUUCCGCAGCCGGGUCGGGGCGCUGCAGGCCUCGCUAGGUAGCCUCUCCGCGCCGCCCCAGGCCGCCGCCGCCGCCAGACAUAGGGAGGGGGACGGGGACGGGGACACUGCGUCGUCCAGCACGGCGCUCUUCUGCCAGCACACGCGCUCACUCAUCCAGCAGCUGAGCGGGGACUUGGAGAGCCAGUUCGCCCAGCUGGAGCAGCAGCCUGCUGGGCAGGAGGCGGCGCUGCUCCCCCCGGUCCUCAGGCCGGGGUUCCUGCGCGAGGACUUCACCGCACGCCUGCGCAGCCUACUGCAGGAGAUCAUGCAGACUCUAAACUAAACUCCUCAAGAACUCAACACGUACACAUACACACACACACACACACACAUACACACACACACAGACCAAUGAACUUCGCAUCAAGGCUGCACUCCUGCAGAAGAGCAUGCAGACUGUAAACUAACCUCCCACCCCAGACACCUCAAGAACUCUUUCUCUCUCACAGAAACACACACACACACACACACACACACACACCACUGGACAUUGCUGUAUAUAUAUACUGUAUAUAUUACGGGGGGCAUGGGGAUGUGGGAGAUGGAAAUGCUGUUGGAUGACCUUUUAACUACUCAGGGUGUUUUAUUGUGAUUUAAUGAACGUAGUUUAGUCUUUUUUUGGUAUGUUAUUGGGAUUUUGUUAUUGAGUGUGUGUGUGUGUGUGUGUGUGUGUGUGUGUGUGUGUGUGUGUGUGCGUGUGCGUGUGCGUGUGCGUGUGCGUGUGCGUGUGCGUGUGUGUGUGUGUCUGUGUGUUUGGGAUAUUGGACAGGCAUGAGUGAAUGUGCUAUUUAAUGUUACCAAAAUGUUGAAAUGGGAAAAUACAUAUUACAAUUUAACUUGUGUAAGUUUACUUUUGAGUUGUGCAAGUUUACUUGUGAGUUGUGUAAGUUUACUUAUGAAAAGGGAUGGUUUGUGUCCCCCAUAAAGAUUUCCAAUUUCACAA